AAUGAGCCGCGGGGUGCGCGCACUGACAGCUGAAGGUUCUCCGCGAUGACGGACACUCCGAUGGCCCAUCAGCAGCAUCAGCAUCCCUGAGCACCUGCCAGCAGCAGCAUCAGCAUCAUCCUCGUGCGCCCGGCCAGCAUCAGCAUCCCUCAUCCAUCCCCAUGCGCCAUCAGCGCCGCGCAGCGCCUGUUCUCGCGUCCUCUCCGCGCGCCUCCGCCAUCCUCUGCGGCUGAAGCUGCACUCUCUCACCGCGUCCCGUCCGAUCGCCUCAGCCUCCAGGAUGCUGUCCGUCACAGGGAUGCUGGCGAUGGUCGUCAUCCUCGGAAGCGUAAUGCUGCAAUAUGUGUCACCUCAGCUCAACGCUGGGUUUGUGAAGUCGCCCAUGUCAGAGACAAAACUCACCGGAGACGCCUUUGAGCUCUACUGCGACGUGGUCGGGAAUCCGGUGCCGGAGAUCCAGUGGUGGUACGCCGAUAUUAACCGGGCGGAUUCCUUCAAGCAGCUGUGGGACGGCGCUCGCAAGCGACGGGUGUCCAUCAACACAGCGUCCGGCACCAACGGCGUCAGCGUGCUGGCCAUCUCUCGCCUCACGCUGGAGGAUGCCGGAGUCUACGAGUGCCGGGCCAGCAACGACCCGCGACGCAACGACCUUCGCCAAAACCCGUCCAUCACCUGGAUCCGAACCCAAGCCACCAUAUCCGUACUGCAGAAGCCGAAAAUCAACGCAUCCGAUCAGGAGAUUUUACAACCCAAAACUCCACAGCAGACGUCCAUCAUUCUUCAGUGUAACCUCACCAACUCACACAGCGCCCAUCAGGACACCUUCUGGAUGAAGAACGGCCAAGAGAUUUACAACACCCGGACACAGAACAAAGACACAGAACACAAGUUGAGUAAACCGCGAGCGGAGGAUUCUGGUGAAUACAUGUGUGUUUACACUUUCAAACUGGCUCCUAAUGCCAACGCUUCCAUUGAGGUCAAAGCUGCGCCAGAAAUCACCGGCCACAAACGCAGCGAGAACAAGAAAGAGGGAGAAAGUGCCAUGAUGUACUGCAGGUCGGUCGGGUACCCGCAUCCUGUGUGGACGUGGCGUAGAAAAGUGGGCCGCUCGUCCUACAUCGACAUAGACAACACAACCGGCCGGUUCUUCAUCAAGAACAGAAAGAAUUACACAGAACUGAGUGUCGUCAAUCUGGACAUCAGCACAGAUCCCGGCGAGUACGCCUGCAACGCCUCAAACGUCAUCGGAUCAAAAGAAUCCGUCACCAUCCUGCGUGUGCGGAGUCACCUCGCCCCGCUGUGGCCCUUCCUGGGCGUCCUGGCAGAAAUCAUCAUUCUGGUGGUCAUUAUUGUGGUUUAUGAGAAGCGUAAGAGGCCGGACGAGGUUAUGGACGAUGAUGAGCCAGUUGCACCGAUCAAAACAAACUCAACGAACAACCACAAGGACAAAAACGUGCGACACCGGAACACAAACUGAGCUGAUGGACCAACAAUGUGCAAGAUGCUGAAG